AUUUCUGCCUCAACGAUGAACAGGUUCAAUACUCACCUUUCUUAAUCCUCCAUUUUCCCUUAAUUCUAUCUUCGGUUGGUUUUUAUGCGUUUUUCUAAUUUGAAUCACUGUCUUUGUAAUCAGUUUUUUUUAAAUUUGAGUUGUUUUCUUUAUCUUUAGCUAAUCAAUUGAUGGUGGGUUGCUUAUUAGUUCUGUUGUUCCUAGUUUUGAGAAACUACUGUUGUUAAAGUUUCAAUCUUUUGUCGGUGAUCUCAUGUUUGUUGUGUCUGUCAAGUUCUGCAAUCUCUUAACUUUAUAGGAAAUUGGAUCCCUUGUUUGUUUUGUGCAAUUUAGAUUAGAGUCCAUCUUGGAAUGUUGAAUUUGUAUCUAUUUAUUACUAUCCAGCUUACUUGGAUAUUAGAGAAGAUUAUUAUAUAAUGAUGCUAUGUCUAAGGACAGGGUGCUCGCAAGGAAUCUUAGGACAAGUGUCUGUGGAACAAGGAUUUUGCAGAGGACUUGUUCGACUGUUGUGACACAUGAUGUUUCUACUUCUUGUUCCAAUGAGAGCAAUGCAUUAAAUAAUUCCACUGACGAUGGUCCACAACAUGACAUUGCUAUUGUUGGUGGUGGAAUGGUUGGAAUCGCUUUAGCUGCUUCAUUGGCCAGCAAGCCAUUGACAAAGCACUUGAAUGUCGCUAUUAUUGACAAUAAUCCUCUUUUGGGGAGAAGAAAUAUCAUAGAGAAAGGGCAUCAACCUGAUCCCAGAGUCAGUACAGUCACACCUGCAACAAUAUCCUUCCUCAAAGAUAUUGGUGCCUGGAAAUACAUUGAGCAACAGCGACAUGCGUAUUUUGAUAAGAUGCAGGUAUGGGACUAUACAGGCCUUGGAUAUACAAGAUACAAUGCUAAUGAUGUACAUCAAGAUGUUUUGGGGUGUGUAGUGGAGAAUAAAGUUCUUCAGAGUUCUCAGCUAUCUUGUGUACAGGAAUCAGAUCUCCAGAAGACUGUUUAUCCCGCGAGGUUAAAUGCGAUGGAUAUGCUACCUAGCUCUUCGUUGACAGGUCUUGGUGAAGUACCAUCCACAACAGACUUGUUCAUGCGAGGACGCCUUGCUAAGCUGGAGCUAAGCGAUGGAAAUCGCGUCUACGCAAAACUGGUGGUAGGCGCUGAUGGGUCUAAGUCGCGAGUAAGGGAGUUGGCUGGGAUCAAAACGACUGGAUGGAACUACUCACAGAACGCUAUAAUUUGUACUGUUGAGCAUACAGCCGAAAACUACACAGCAUGGCAACGGUUUUUACCCAAUGGCCCAAUCGCACUUCUUCCCAUUGGUGACAAGUUUAGCAACAUAGUAUGGACCAUGGACCCAAAAGAGGCAUCAGAUCGAAAAUUGAUGAACGAGGAUGACUUCAUCAAAGCUGUAAAUGAUGCUCUGGAUUCUGGAUAUGGUCCUAAUCCAGAGACUACAAGUUCACGGGAUAGUCUCUCUUGGCUUACAGGAGAUGCGACCAUAUCUGCCAAAGAGAGGUUUGAAACUCCUCCCAAGGUUGUGAAGCUUUCUUCAGAGAGAAUGAUGUUCCCUUUGUCUUUAAGGCACGCAAAAGACUAUGUGUCAAAACGUGUGGCUCUUGUUGGUGACUCAGCUCAUACAGUUCACCCGUUGGCUGGUCAAGGAGUAAAUCUAGGAUUUGCAGAUGCGUGUGCUCUCUCCAAAGCUAUAGCAGAGGGCAUUGCUCUUGGUACUGAUAUAGGCGAGGCGAAUCUGCUCAAACGUUAUGAAGCAGAGAGAAAACCUGCAAAUAUAGCAAUGAUGGCGGUUUUAGACGGAAUCCAGAAGAUGUACUCGUUGGAUUUCGGACCGCUGAAUGCUCUAAGAGCAGCUGCAUUCCACGGGGCUCACUACAUUUCGCCGCUUAAAAAGCGUAUCAUAUCUUAUGCUUCAGGAGAGCAAUCUUUGCCGCUAUUUUCUUGAAGAAUGCGAGGGAUUGUUCGCUUUGUUCUCAAAAUACUCUGCAUCAUCUCUUCUUUUGCCUUAUAUAGAAAUUUAAUGGUGACUGAAAACAGCUCCCAGAGCCCAUGUUUUAAAUAAGUCUGUUGUAUUUAGUUUUUUAUGUUUCAGUCAAUAAAAUACUAAAAUGUUACAUAAUCUGAUAUCAAAACAAUGUAAAAUGUGAAUACUGUGAUUUAAAUUUUGAUGUCCAACACUGCCACAUAAGGAAGGCAAAGUCAUUGUUCC